AUUUGGUGUUGAUCAGCCGUUCAGAGUGGCUCGACUUCGUCUCCGCUGCUGUCCCUACCGAUUCCGCCCAGUUUUCCUGCGCACCGUGAACCAAUUGUGUGAAAUCAUUGCUCACCUCAUCCAUCCUUCCAUCAUGAACAAGUGCUCGUUGUUGAUGUUCGUUGUGAUUUGCGCCCUGGCCGCACAGAGCGCAAGAGUUGCCGACGCCCAGUCGGCCAAUUUCUUCAGCAAUUUCUUCACCAUCUUCCGCCGGGCCAGCCGGCCGGGCAGCAGUACCAAGCCCGGCAGCAGCAGUUCCAGCUCCAAGCAGCUGAGCGCCGCUUCCAUCAAUCAAUGGAGUUCGUUGCCGGAAGUCAAAACCAUCACCAUGACGAUGACGGAAACGGAAACGACAGAGAUGUUGAUCACGUCCACCAUGUCGGAAUUCUUCACUGUCACCGAGACCAUCACCGAGCGGCUGAUUGCCACUUCGACGUUGACCAGGAAGAUGACGGCCACCGCCACUCAGGUCGUCACGUCUUGCCCCGACCAGGAAAUCGGAUUGAGGAGGAUCAACUGGAAAGAGAUCCCAAACAGGAUCGAGGAGAUUAUGAAGCGAUCCGGCGUUCCUGCAUUGGAAUAUUCCGCCAUUCCGGAAGGCCCUUACAUCAUUAAAGGACGUACUUUUGACAUUGAAUCGUCCAUUGACGGUGACGAACAACAGCAACAGCCCGAGGGUGAAUCCAAUGAAACGCUAGUUGCUUCCGAAGAUGAACCAUCCGUCUAAAUUUAAAUCAUUCACAAAAUAAUUCAUUAAUUAAUUUAAUCAUACAUUUUUUUAAAAGAGACAAGUCUUAACAAAAAUUAAAGUACAUAUUUUAUAACAUUUCAACGUGCUACAAAACUCAUCCACCUCCCUCGCUUCAUCAGCCGCGGUCGCAUUUAUUUAAGUAUUUGAUAUUUUUAUCCCUUCUCCCAUCCUAAAUUAAUUAUUCGAAGAAAAAGAACGCUAAAAGAAAAAUGGACAAAAAUUCACGAAGAGAUUUUUCGAAUUCCCGUUCAAUUGUGUGACUUUGUGUGUGUGUGUGAAUAUUAUUAUAAAUAUCUAUUAUAUCUACAAGAAAAACCUGUUUUUUUUUUCGUUUCUGGCUUAGAGACUAGAGAAAAAAUAGACCCGUUUGACUCUUUACUCGUCCAGGCGGAAAAAAAGUUUGAUCGU